AUGGCUCCUCCUCCUGCAACCUUGCCUCUGGUUGAGAGACUCAAGACCCUGGCGCAGACCCUACAGUUUGCCUGGUUCAUUGGACAUGUCACGCUGCUACUUUCAGUCUUCCGUUACUCCCUUUCUUGUGUCUUCUUCAACUACUACUCCUCCUCGGCACAAAUCGCCUACCGAUUGACCUUUAUCUCGGCCGCCGUGACUUAUGGAAUCGUUGUGUACAAGGGCCACUUUGCCCGGGGUGUUCAGGGCAGCCCUCUGGCCAUCGUGACAAAGCUCACCUCCGAUGAGAAUGUGCAAUAUCUUGGUAUGGCUCUGGUCUGGCUGUACUCGCGCCAGCUCAUUCUGGCUCUUCUGCCUUUCAGCGUCUACUCGAUCUUCCACGUCGCAACCUACACCCGCAUGUACCUGAUUCCUACCCUGCAGCCCCCUGCGCCAGCCGCCCCUACUUCUCCCACCUCCCCCAGCUCCAAGCCUGCCGUCAAGCAGUCUCCCCUCGCUGAGACCAUCGGACGAUUCAUCAAGCAGUACUACGAUGCUAGCAUGGGUGUUGUCGCUACUCUCGAGAUCGCUCUGCUGUUCCGCCUUGUGCUCUCCGCCAUUACCUUCUCCAAGGGUAGCUGGGUUUUGUUGAUUAUUUACCUGUCUUUCUUCCGCGCCCGCUUCGCUCAGAGCUCCUUCGUUCAACAGGCUGUCCGUCAGCUCACCGCUCGCGCCGACGCCUCGAUCUCCCACCAAAGCACUCCCCCUCAGGUUCGCCAGGGAUGGGAGGCCUUCAAGGGGAUCGUGCGUCAGACCUACGAGGUCACCGAUAUUGCCCGCUAUAUUCCUGGUGCUACUGCUGCCAAGAAGCCCCAGUAA